GGCGAAGAAAGCGGAGCGCGGAGGCUCCGGGGCUGUGGUGCAGCUCAGGCCGCGUGCAAGGCCAGCCUGCACCGGGGCAGCCGUUGGGGCUCGUCUGGUAGCUUGAGCUGCGCCCGUGGGCCAGAGAGACCUUCUUGGAGGGCUCUUCUGUUGGCCUCUUUCCUUCCAUACCACAGCUAGUAACUAUUCUCCAUCUGCCUGCAGCAGGCGGGGUGACGCCGGCCUCAGUGUGCAGGGAGCGCUCCCUGUGGCUGGAGAGCGUGCAGCUCUGUGGGGGUCUGCUCUGGAUGAAAAGCAUUGCUCGUGUGAUGGGAAAAUCGCCAUGGAACCUUUGGAAGAAAAGCAGUACAAGAGGAACAUAGGGACAGCAGACAGCCAUGGAAGCAGCCAUUAACGUGCUUCAGAGUGAGGAGUAGCACAGCUGCGUGGCAGAGCGCUGGCAGGUUCAGAUGUACAGCAGCCCUCCACAGGGACCCCCCUGGCUCCCAGCUCACAGACAGAGGCAAACUGAAAGAAAAAUUCUGGUCUCUGAGCUGCAUAAAAGAUCCUUGUUCUGAUAUUCCACAUUCACUAGAGCUCUGCACGUGGUGGGAAGAAUAGAAGAGCAGAACAGAGAGGUGCUGAACACCACUUGGACUUGAAAAAUAGCCUGAAUUUCUACCAUCUUCAGUUACAGAAGAAAAUACUCAGCGCCAGAAUCUACCCCAGCACACAAAAGACAUCUCAAGAAGUACUGGUUGAGCACAAGGCUUACUACACAAGGAAGUUGAAUUGAUUCAACAGAAGUCCAGAGCUCCACUCCCGUUCCCCUCUGCAGGAUGAAUUAUACGUUCUUCAUUGUGAGGAGAGCCAGUUCAGAAAUUGGAACCUGAGGCCUGGCGGGAUCCAGCAACAAAGGCAACCCUCCAACCUCUGCUUUCCAGAUGGAAACCAGAUAUCCAGACUAGGGCCUUCACUUGCAGAAAAAGAGGAUGCUAUUGUUAGGAUAGCCUUCUGGACAGAAUAGCAUAUGUCACGAACUUCAGACUUAACGAUGAGUAAAGCAGCUUCCUGGCACUAGCACUGAUUGUCUCUUCAAAUUCUAUAGGAACUACAGCAAAUUCAGAUCUGACUAUAAGGUUCUGGACUGGCACAACUCUAGAUGAACAGGUAAGUCUCUGUCCUGAUAUAAUUGGGCCAGUGUGUUUUUGAAGGCCUCCUGACAAAUGAAGUGAAUAGAGUCGAUUUGAAAAAGCCGAGACAGGGCAGCAAAUUAUCUUGGGAAGGUGAUAAGCCAGUCCUGUCUGAUUUCAUAGGCAGACCGUGGUCAGAUAUAGGCGCAGCAUGAUCAGAUACCUUGCUGCAGGGUUUCUGAAGGCUUUCAGGAUUGUGUCUAAGCACAGUCUAGACUGAGAGCUAUCUGAGCAGGAGUUCCAUAGAAUGAAACAGAGAGAGUCCAAGGAGACUCAGGAGUCAAAGAAUGAGUAGGGAAUCCGCUAGAAUCGGAGGGUGAUCUAAACACUACCAAGUUUUCAGACACCAGCUGAGAGUUUUCCAAACUACUUGUGUUAAAGCAGAUUCCUCAGUCCUAAAUGACAGUGGCAACUUUGUCUUUUUCCCUUUGGGGCUUUUUCUUCUUCUCUGGGAGAAUGUGGGGAAAUAGGGACUUGAUAGUCUGCAAAAAUGCCCAGAAAUCUACGAAGUGCAAUCUCCUGUUAAGGUGAACCAUCCUAUCAUAAAAAUCUACUCAUAACCUAUUGGCAAUCCUUUUAAAAUAUAAUUGGUCUUCUUGCUCCUAUUAUGUCUCUCAAUGGGCUGUUUUAGUGACUCCCUGCUCUGCUCUUCGGAAACCUUAUUUUAGCUGUCACUGUGCCAGUAUACUCUUUUGGAAUGAAGAGCAAAUUCCUCUUCCAAAUGUAUUCCCUGAUGCGUUCAUAGGGAGCAAUCAAAUCACUGCUUAUCUAAUUGCUCGUUUGAGCAACCUCAGCCAUUUAGAUGCCUUAGCAAGAUGGGCUCUUCAUGAACCUUGUAUCCAGCCUACUGACCUACCGUCCUGUCACUGAAUGUGUUCUGUGCACCUGAUCCUGAUCUAAUUAAUUUUUUAAAUAAUGAUAACUAGAACAUGACAUCCCAGGGGAGGCUGCAUUAUUUCUUGCAAAUUGGAGUUAAUAAUUACUUUCCUCUGUUAAAAUAUCUUUCAGAUGAGGAUCAUCUUUGUCUUUUUUGUGUCUCCGUGUCAGUUACAUGUCAGAGGUGGGCCAUCAACCUAAUACAUAUGUCAUUGUCCCUGUACACCUCUGGUUGAUAAAGUGCCAACUUGAACCUGGAAAUCUUACAAGUCCUUGCAUUUCCAUCACAUUUCUACUACUCUUGACUUCAUAACUGAUCGUUGUUUUUGUGUGAUGUUCUUUUCCUUCUCUGUAUACAAUAUUUAGCCACCGUACUGAAAAUGCCUCUAACUGUGUCAUCAACAGAUUACAUUAGUCUUUCUGCCAAGGCAGUUCAUGAGAAAAUUUUAUAAUACUGAAUUUCAUAAGCAGUCUUGGAAGAUGUCUCCUUGAACGCUCAGUGAUAAACCCCUGUUCCCUGCCUCCCUCACUCAGCUCUUUCCCAAAACCAUCUUGCUGUUGACAUGUUCAUUUGUAUUCACAUAUUUAAGUGAUUAUUAUACUAUUUAAUAUCUUCUCAAUUUUAUUUAAUGCACUGUAUGAGAAAGCUUUAUAGAAGUCAUGAUAUAUUAACUACAUUUUCUUUCCCUAAAAAAAAGUUAAUAGUUGUGAAAAAAAAAUGCCAGAUGAAUCUAUUACAGCCCAUCUUCUGUAAACUCAGACUGCAUUUUGUCCUAUUUUUCAUUAUCUUUAUGCCUUGCACUAGUUUUUUUUUCCAUUACAGCGUGUACUAUAAAGCUUUGUAUACUACUGAAGUCUGAAAGUGCAUCAUCAUCUUUCUUCUGUAUUGUUAAGUACAGAAGUAGUGUUCACUGUACAAGAUGGGAAAAAAAGUACUGAUUUGCUUUUGGGGUCUUAGGCAGAUAAUCAUUACUUUCUGAUGCACAGCGAUCCUCUAAAAGUGUUUUCCUUUACUUGGGAUUCAAGUUACAAGGAUUUUUUGCAUCUCCUGCUAACAAAUUCUCCCACAUUUUCUAACCAUUCAGGACUUGCAGCUCUUCAGUCUAGCUUACUUCACCAAAUGGUUUUCUUGGCUUCAUAAAGUUUCUUCUUUUUCUAAUUAAUUUCAUUUCUAUUGACAUGAUCUAACUUACGAUUAUUGAAUCACAAAUGAUUUUAUGCUGUUCAGGUGAAGCAAAGAACAUGCCUCCUUCCUCAAUAGCGACUUAGACUAAAUUGUAAAGCUUUUUCCCUAGGUAAAUGAGAAACACUAUGACAACAACAACAAAAUAUGUAUUUAUUCUGUUGGAACAGCACAUCACGUACAGUCCUUUCAGUUCACAUGAUGGAAACUCUCCUUACCAAGUCUAUGAUUUAUAGUGAUGAAGAGGCUGGUUCGAUACCCAGUCUGUUCUUCCCAACUAAAACAAAAACAGUUGUCUCAUACUUUCAAGACAUAUUGUGCCUCUUCCAACAAUGUCUAUUUUGUUUUUUAAGACUAGAGCCCUACCCUUGAAUAAUUUUGAUGAUUUCCAGCAUGGAAAAUUUAUAGUACAAGGCACAGUAUUCUGAGAAGAUAUAACGGAAUCUGACCCUAAAAGAAAGGCAGCGCUGUAGUGAAUGCUACAGAGUUUAUGAGGGAGGUGAAUUUUUACUGUGUUAUGAAGGGGUGUGCUGGUAAUUGUGGGAAGAAAUUCAGGUUAAAAAAAAAAAUAGCACAUCAGGAAAAAAUAUACUGAAUCUCAAAUAUGCUACAGUCCAGAAACAUAUCCCAAAGGGAAUCUUGGAAGCACAAAAGCCUUAAAAAUUUAAAACCAGAUUUGACGAAGCCAUAGAAUUAGUCCUACAUUUUAAAGCUGGCUAGCAGAGAUUUUUUCCAUCUCUAUCUUCCAUGUGUUUGUGUUCUCUACCUCCUCCUUCCCUGACAGAUGUUCUACUCCUCAUUACAUGAGGGAAUAAUAGCACCCUUUACUGACUGAUCCUCAGUUUUCAUCUGUAAUUUAAGCCCAGAUUUCAAGUACUGCUGCACUCUUUUGUACUAACCUGAUUAAUUCUGACAAAUGUCUGUCCUUUAGGUACUGUGGCCCAGCACAGGCAGGGAAAGGGGAAGCUACCUACUUUUUAGGAGUUCUGCGAAGGUAAAAUACUUAGUUUUAAGGGCACAGCUUGCAACUUGCAGGUAGCACUCAAAACAGAAUGUUUUGAUUCAUUCUGUUUAACAUCACAUACUGAUAUUUGUGGCAACGACAGCAGGUGAUUGAUUUGUGUAGAACUAGUUCCCAUACCUCUAAUUUUUAACAGUAUUUGUGUAAUUAGCUAGGUUUACAUACAUUUCACCUCUAACAUUAGGCUGGAGUCGUUCUUCAUCCUCCAGGGUUAACUUAUCCAUCAUUAGAUGGACCCUUGCAGAUCUGUAUGAAAUGUUUGCUUUUAAAGCCAAGCUUUCUUACAUCGGUUUUUGACAUUUUAUUCACUUGGACAAACUGAUUAAUGGUGUCAGCAUUGUACAUUUGCUUUGCAAUUAAUACUAAGCAGAUGUUAUACUGGCUUGUUGCCCCACACCAUGAGCAUGAAGAGGUAAAUCCCAAAAGACCUUGCUUUUGUUAGUAGGUCAGUCACCAAAAGGUCAAAUUUUGUCCCUUGUUCUGUUUUGUACAUACAUCUGAUAGUGAUUAAACUUAGAUAUUUCAGAUCUUCUAGGAGGGGCUUUAUGUUAGAAAUCUAGCGUCAAAACCUGACUAGGCAAAACCUGUGCUGAUUGUAAGGGCAGUUUUUUUCUGUGAGGGCUUUUGGGUUAAACCAUUUGUGAGUUACUGCCAUUCUAUCUCAUAUUUUUUCUCUCAGUAGUUGUGCAGACAAGGUCUGUGAGGAGAGGCAACAUCUUCUCAUCAAGUUGAUGAGAUGUAACAAAAGAAUGUUUCAGAUGCACAGGUCCCUCUUUUAGUCUGAGAUGGAAACCACAGAUCUCAAGUUCCACCAAUAGUGAGAUGGGAACAGUUCCUACAAGAAAUCUGGAUAAGCAAUUCUAGGGGAAAGAAAAAAAAAGAAAUCUUAGCAAAAGAAGAGAUUAUAAGCUAUACAUACUCAUUUCCUGAUAACAAAGGCUAAACUUCAGAAAUGAACCCACUGAAGUAGAAUUAUAUCUGUUUGACGCUGGUAAAAGAGAAUCAAGAGCACUGAUAUAGGUUUUAGAAAUGGAUCUGUGAUACACAAUUUGACUCAGAUAUCAAGUUUACCAAAGUUCAGAAAGUCCUCACAUCCAAGGCUAUUAGGCCCUAUUCUUGUAAUUUACAAUAUGUAAGCUGUGAGCUUACAUUAUCUGCAGUUUUGGGACAGUGAUGUUGAGUAUACUACUCUUCCAGACAGAAACAAAUGAUUAUCCUUUCUCAAAAUCCAAUAUAAUUAUUCGGUUUUAAACUGAGAUAGGGGAAGUUUAGGUUAGAUAUUAGGAAGAAGUUUUUCACCCAGAGGGUGGUGACGCACUGGAACAGGUUGCCCAAGGAGGCUGUGGAUGCCCCAUCCCUGGAGGCAUUCAAGGCCAGGCUGGAUGUGGCUCUGGGCAGCCUGCUCUGGUGGUUGGCGACCCUGCACAUAGCAGGGGGGUUGGAACUACCUGAUCAUUGUGGUCCUUUUCAACCCAGGCCAUUCUAUGAGUCUAUGAUUUUAUGAUUCUUUUAUUUAGUUUACUAAUGUAUUGAAUCACUAUAUAGAGAGAUGUGAAAUUAAUAAUAGAUUAAUUUGUUACUUCCAUUGCAGACUGUUUUCCUUAAAAAAAGAAAAAAAAAAAGGAAAAAAAAAGAAAAAAAGAGUGAGAUCCUUCUAGGCAAAAAGAAACAAAAUUCAGAAAAACUACACAUUAAUCCCACACAGGUGAUGGAUGUGGACACACCGUUCUGGGCCCUGAAAGUGGAACUCUUGCUUCGAUAAACUACCCACAGACCUCUCCCAAUAGCACAGUCUGUGAAUGGGAAAUUCGUGUAAAGCCUGGGCAGCGAAUUCAGCUCAAAUUUGGUGAUUUAGAUAUCGAUGACUCAGAUUCUUGUCAUUCCAGUUACUUGAGAGUUCACAAUGGGAUUGGCCCCACCAGGACAGAGAUAGGAAAGUACUGUGGAUUUGGCUUUCAAAUGGAUGGUUUAAUAACUUCAAGAAGUAAUGAAGUCACAGUGCAGUUCAUGAGUGGAGUACACACUUCGGGGCGUGGAUUUCUUGCAGCUUACUCAACCACUGACAAAUCAGACCUGAUUACCUGUUUAGACAAUGCAAGUCAUUUUUCUGAACCAGAAUUCAAUAAGUAUUGCCCAGCUGGAUGUGUGAUUCCUUUUGCUGAUAUUUCAGGCACUAUUCCCCAUGGAUACAGAGAUUCGUCAUCACUUUGCAUGGCUGGCGUUCAUGCGGGCGUCGUGUCAAAUACUCUGGGUGGCCAAAUUAACGUUGUAAUCAGCAAAGGCAUUCCGUACUAUGAAGGCUCCCUGGCUAACAAUGUCACCUCAAAAGUGGGACCAUUAUCUCCAAGUCUCUUCACAUUUAAGACUAGCGGCUGCUAUGGGACACUGGGAAUGGAAUCCGGGGUAAUCUCUGAUUCCCAGAUUACGGCGUCAUCUAUUCUUGAGUGGCCGGACCAAACAGGACGAGUGAACACCUGGAAACCUGAAAAUGCCAGACUGAAAAGGCAUGGGCCUCCUUGGGCUGCUUUGGACAGUGAUGAACGUCAGUGGCUGCAGAUAGAUUUGAAUAAAGAAAAGAGAAUUACAGGUAUUAUAACUACUGGAUCAACCUUAGCAGAGUACUACUAUUAUGUCUCAGCCUACAGAGUUUUAUACAGUGAUGAUGCGCAAAAGUGGACGGUAUACAGAGAACCUGGCAUUGAUAAAGAUAAGGUAUUUCAAGGGAACACUGAGUUGUACCAGGAGGUUCGCAAUAAUUUCAUCCCACCCAUUAUUGCACGAUUUGUUAGGAUUAACCCCUUAAAAUGGCACCAGAAAAUUGCAAUGAAAGUAGAAUUGCUAGGAUGUCAGUUCAGUAUAGUCCGUGCUCCUAAAAUCUCCAUGCUGCCUCCACCACCACCGCCUCAGGACAACACCAACAAGGUUGAUGACAUCGGUGAGGACUUCAUCCACUCGGUGAAGACUUCGUUGCAGACAGAUAAAACAACUUUCACACCUGAGAUAAAAAACACCACAGUGACUCCAAGCGUAACCAAAGAUGUGGCAUUGGCAGCAGUUCUGGUUCCAGUGCUGGUGAUGGUCUUCACUACUCUGAUUCUUAUCUUAGUUUGUGCGUGGCAUUGGAGAAACCGCAAGAAAAAAACGGAGGGCACGUAUGACCUACCUUACUGGGAUCGUGCAGGGUGGUGGAAAGGAAUGAAGCAGUUUCUCCCUACGAAAUCAGCAGAACAUGAAGAAACUCCUGUACGCUACAGCAGCAGUGAAAUUGGCCGCCUCAGACCAAGAGAAGUUCCAACAAUGCUGCAGACAGAAUCUGCAGAGUACGCUCAGCCUCUGGUAGGCGGCAUAGUCGGCACUCUUCAUCAGAGAUCAACCUUCAAACCAGAGGAAGGAAAAGAAGCGAGUUAUGCUGAUUUGGACCCUUACAAUUCACCUAUACAAGAAGUUUAUCAUGCCUAUGCUGAACCACUGCCUAUAACUGGACCAGAAUACGCAACUCCAAUAGUCAUGGACAUGUCCAGUCAUCCCAGCACACCUCUUGGUGUUCCUUCUAUUUCCACCUUCAAAGCAGCAGGGAAUCAAGCUCCUUCACUGGUGGGAACUUACAAUAAGCUCUUGUCCAGGACAGACAGCGCAUCCUCAGCACAGGCACUGUAUGACACACCAAAGGGACAGCUGGGGCCGGGCACUGCUGACGAGUUGGUGUACCAGGUACCGCAAAGCACGGCCCAUUCCAUCAGCAGUAAAGAUGAACCAAGUUAGCUCAUAUGUAAGGUAGGACGAUGGCAAACACGGCUUGUUUUUAAAAGCCAGUUUCGUAAAGCUGACAGAUUCAUUUUUUAAUCACACUGUUUUGCUACUGUUAGUCUUAAGUAACACAGUGUUGAGCCAAAAGAUGUAUUAUUGGAAAUCUGGGAAACCAGUCAUUCAGCCUUAUCUUAAGCUGCAUUUAUAACCAUGAGCUCUGUUGUUUUGUUUUUUUCACUACUGUACAAUUAUCUGUCAGACAUGAGAGAUCUCUUCAAGAUUAGCUUCAGUAAUUCAUAGCUAUGAAUGAUGAAUUUGGAGAAACAACUGUUGAAAGUAUGAAAGACAGUAAUUUUUUAGCUAAUGGUACUAUUUCUGGGGAAAAAUAAUAACCCACAAUCAAAACCUCUGAUUUUCAAAAAUCUAUAGGGACUGGCACGAGCUGCCCAGAAGGUGGUGGGUGCCCCAUCCCCAGAGACAUUUAAGGUCAGGUUAGAGGGGCUCUGAGCAACCUGAAGAGCUGUAGGUGCUCCUGUUCAUUGCAAGGAGAUGGACUAGAUGGGUCCCUUCCACUGAAACAAUUAUAUCAUUCUACAAUAUGUAGGUGCUACAGCUUCUGAAAUUCAUUUUACCCUAUAAAAUGUAUGUACGGCCAUGGACUUUGGAAAUUCCAUUAACUUCAUGGCAUAAAAAUGGUUGUGAUUGUAAAUUAUGUUAAUUUUGGCUUUUGUUCACAGGAUUGGGAAUCAUGAGCUACGUGUUCCUUAGAAGUUUCCAACCAUUUUUGUUAGCCUUCUGAAACUAGAAUCUGCUGUCUUUGCAACCCAUUUUCUUUUCUGCCUCAUGUCUUAAGCCACUCAGCCUUUGUGCCGUGAUAGGGAUACAGCAGGUACAGUCUGAAGUCUUACAAGCAAAUCACUUUGCAACUGCUUUCACUUAUUCAGUGCAGAAGGCUGCUCUGACUGGUGUCUGCCUUGAAUUAAACUUCUGCAAGAAGCAUGCAGGCAUUCAGGGUGACUGAACUGAGUUCUGAGAUGUUCCCUCUCCCACAGCAGUUAUCUAUGGUUGUAGGUUAAGAGGUGAGCAUAUUCAAAGAAAGAUAUGUAUAUACUUUUGUGAGUGCUUGAAGAAGCACACAAAUAUUCUAACGGUGCAUAGUUUGUAUUAAUACAUGCAUUUAGCACGUAUGGUACUUUUAGCACAAUUGGAAAUCCUUGGUCCUAGGGCUUUUCCUAUGAUUGUCCUUAUUAAAGAUUUUGGAAUCUUCUAUGCUUUUUACUGAGAACAACUGCUGUCCCAAAGAGUGUCAAAUUUAGAAGCGUUUAAUUGAAUUUUUAUCUUUUGAAUGUUCCAGUUUUCUCUGCAGUGAAACAUGGCAGUCUGCCUUCUACUUGAGAUUGGGUAGAGUAGUUUUAUCUAGGUAAUCACAAAACAAGAACCAUUUGGAUGUCGUAUUUGCCACUUUUUUUCCCCCUUAAUCUUGUUAGAAACAAAGCACAGCUUUUUAUCUUAAGUAGUAGAAAAGAAUUCUUAAAUAGCUUUAUUUUUAUUGUAACAGCACUGGUGGGAGGAUGCUGAAUUAAUUUAUAAAUGUGAAAAUCCCUAGCUACACAUUAGCCCAGUUUUAUGGACUGUAAUGGUUACUGUUUUCUUCUGUAACAUAAUUUAAGUCAGCUUUGGUGUUGGUCCGUGGGCCUGACACGAGGUGGCUCCCAUCCCCAUCAAAGCCAAAGCCGUGUACAAGAGAACAGCUACUGCAUGCUUGUACAGAACAGUGCCCUGACGGAGCAUUUGAGUCUUUUUGCAGAGAGCCAGUAUGUAACUCUGUGAACCAGCAUUUCUGCUGGUCUAUCCACUGCCCAGAAUGUUUUCACCCACACUCUGCUGCCUUAAAACUCAAUUCUACAUUGUUUUGAUCAUGAGAAUGGUAAUGUUUUUUAGAAUUGGGAGCCUAAGCCUAAAUCUGAGUAGGUAACAAAGGGUGGUAUACAAGGCCUAGUUGUGGAAAGGAUUUCCUGCAUACAAGUUGUAUCUUUGAUGUAAUUGCAACUUUUCCUGUUUGAUAAAGCUAGUUCACAGUCCUCUGUGCUCUCCUUAACCAGGCAGGUAUGUGCUCUUGCCCCACAACAGCAGUUACAACUUUGACAUUAUGGCAUUUUAUUUGAAAGGGGGUGGAAGGUUGGUUGGUUGCACCGAGGUGUGACAUAGUGACAUACCUGUUCCAAUUCACUUGAAGAAACUUCUGAGCUUUUAGGCUCUGAAACAAAAAUAUCUGCGUGGAUCACAUGGAUUUGUUUAAGUCAUUUGGUAACAUUAAUUAGCAGUGUUGGAAACCUGCAUUUUGUUUUUACUGUAGGCCACAUAUAGUGUAACAAGGGGCGUAACUGUAGGCUAAGGCGGUGUAAGAGAGUGGGUUAUGUUCAAGCAGCCACGAUGCAGUUUCAUUAUCUGAGCAGCGUCAUCUGUUGUAGUUAAGAAUGGAGUUAGGUCUUUUUUGUGAAAGAGAACAGCCCCGUGCUUUCCUCCCUGCUUUCAACAUUUACACUGUAGCUGCUCAGGCUAGGUUGGAAUUUCUCAUAGUUGGGUUUAAAGUGUACGCUACAAACUGUUUAAACAUCGACUCCCAAAUGUAAAUUGUGUGACAGACCUAAGAGUGAUGUUCUCCCAUGUACAAUGCAAGCAGAGGUACAAUUAAUGGGUCUCGUUUUUACAUGUGAAGCUAUAUGGAUAUAAAGUGUAUUUCAGCCUUCUUUGGCUCGAGUAUGUUCUUACCUCAGCAUGUAGUGUAGUUGCUCAGUAUCUGUAUAUGUUGCUAGAAAUUAGACUGUAUAAAUAGUGAGGUUUUUUAAUGUAUGUUCAAAAGUAUUUUAAAUAAAUUGUACAUACCUAUUA